AUGGGUUCUUCCAAGUUCUUGAUCAUUGCCUUCAUGGCUACUUUGGCUCUUUCGAGCAUCGACCUCGGCCAAGCUGCCCGCCAUCUUUUGCAAACGGCUCCGCCCUUGGUGCCAAACCUUCCGGUGAUUCCAACCGGGAUACCGCCGUUGCCGACCUUGCCAAACCCUACUACUCUUCCAAAUUUACCACAACCCACCUUGCCUAAAGUUAAUCUCCCUCCGCUUCCGAGCGGGCUAGCGCUGCCACCGCUCCCGACAAUGGCACUUCCGAACUUCCCGUCAAUCCCUACCAUUCCAACUUCAUUUCCUUCCAUCCCAUUUUUAUCUCCUCCUCCUGCAACUUCUUCUUCCCCAUAA